GCUGCCCUUGUGGAAGUGACGUCAGAGAGGCGCGCCUCCUCUCGCUUGUCGGUUGAAAAUCGCCGAAAUUCUGAGAAAGUCAAACUUACAUCGACGCAGGAGCGACUUUAACACACACAGCCAUGUCGGACUUCACUGACUCUUUGACUGACGUGUCCAGCGACAGCUUCUGGGAGGUGGGAAACUACAAGCGCACCGUGAAGCGAGUGGACGAUGGGAACAGGCUGUGCAAUGACCUGAUGAACUGCAUUCACGAGCGAGCACGAAUCGAGAAAGCUUACGCUCAGCAGCUGACUGAAUGGGCUAAGCGCUGGAGACAACUCAUCGAGAAAGGGCCUCAGUACGGGACGGUGGAGCGAGCGUGGUGCGCCCUAAUGACCGAAGCAGAGAAAGUCAGCGACCUGCAUGUAGAAGUCAAAAAUUCUCUGAUGGGCGAAGACUUUGAGAAAGUGAAGAACUGGCAGAAGGACGCCUACCAUAAGCAGAUGAUUGGCGGCUUCAAAGAGACCAAAGAGGCGGAAGAUGGGUUUCGCAAAGCCCAGAAACCCUGGGCCAAAAAACUCAAAGAGGUGGACGGAUUUAAGAAAGCCUUUCACAACGCAUGCAAGGAGGAGAAAACCGCCACCAGCAGAGAGAAUUCAAGUAAACUUGACAAUAACAACCCAGAGGCUCAGAGGAAACUGCAGGAGAAGGUGGAGAAGUGCCAACAGGAAGUUCACAAGACUAAAGAGCGAUACGAGAAGUCUCUGGAGGAGCUGGAUAAGGUCACUCCUCAGUACAUGGAGAACAUGGAGCAGGUGUUUGAACAGUGGCAGCAGUUUGAAGACAACAGACUGUCCUUCUUCAAAGAGCUGCUGCUCGGCAUCAAAGAACACCUCGACCUCUCCAACAAUCACAAGUACAAGACUGUUUAUAACACGCUAGAAGACACUAUCCAGUGCGCAGACGUUCAGGAGGACCUCAAAUGGUUCCGCUCCAAUCGUGGCCCCGAUAUGAGCAUGAACUGGCCUCAGUUUGAGGAAUGGUCCAUGGAUUUAAAUCGAACACUCAGUCGACGAGAAACAAAGAGAAAACCGACUGAUGGAGUGAUGUUGACAGGAAUCAGUCAAGCGCCUGAUCAGGUCUCCAAAACCAGCAGCAGUUUGACUGUGCCCAGUAGCACAGAGCCGCAGUGUUUAAACCCGUUUGAUGAUGAUGAUGAAGAUGUCAACGAGGAGGAAGAAGCCGUUCAGCAGCCCAAGAGCAGCCCGCUCAGUGUCAAAAAAGAGCAAGUCAUUGCCAAAACCGCCAGCACCAUAGAGAAGACUCCUGAUGGUUCGGAUGAGGAAACUGGGAAUCCGUUCGCCAGCUCAAAUGCCAACGGCAACCCGUUCGACGACGAGCCGUCCUCUCCCGGCGAAGUGUCCGUGCCCGUCCGGGCGCUGUAUGAUUAUGACGGACAGGAGCAGGAUGAGCUGAGUUUUAAAGCAGGAGCUGAAUUCAUUAAGAUCGGUUUGGAGGACGAGCAGGGCUGGUGUAGAGGACGCCUGACAGACGGAACCGUCGGACUCUAUCCAGCCAAUUACGUGGAGGACGUUUAGCCAGCGAGAAGAUGCUUGGAGAUGCGAGAUUGUUACUGUUUGCCAACCUUAAGCUCAUCUGACUGACAAACUGUGCUCGUCCGGGAUGAGUCGAACUCUGUUACAGGCCUCAGAUCAGCAGCACAGAGAACCCACAGGCAUGAGUCCUGACAUCAGUAGCUGUUGUAAAUAAUAAAAAGCCUUCGAGUGCCACUCAUUAUAAACUGUUAUGUUCACGAUAAUAUUUCAUUUUACAUUUAUCAUAAAGCGCCAAAUUUGAUGAAAAAAAUCAUAUUCAUUUGACAAACCGAUGAUAUUAAACUCAGCGCUCGGAUUCGAGGGCGACUCGCUGCUCUGUGAAAUAUUUAUGGCUGGACCCUUUUAAAUCUGUUUUUAGAAAAUAAUUUUUAGAAAUGUCGCUGUAAAAGCAGACAGACCUCAUCAAUCGAAAUGAUUUCACAUGCUGUAAAACUGAUCCACACUUCUGUAGAACGCCAAAACUCUUUCUCCCGCCUGCCUUUUGCUUUAGAAACCUUCCUCUGUUUAAACGACGCGUUCUGAUGAACUGUCUUGUUUUCAGUUGGUCUUCGUUGUUGUUGUUUUGUUUAGGAACAAAGUUUCUCACGUUCAGCUCUUCGUCUGCACUGAACCACUCGCUGUAGUUUAAUGUCACAGAACACAAGAUGAAUGUUUUGGGGAAAGGUGCACAUGUUUCAGUAGAGUUCACAGUGAAAUCUGUUCAGCCUGUAUAUAGCACUAAUGUACACGUUCAAAGUGUCUAACGCCUUCAUGGGAUCAAAUGAAUUCUAGUUUUAAUAUGAAAGACUCUUCCUGAAUAUGCCACAAGUGCUUUGACAUAUAUUCCGGUGCACAUAUUUUGUGAUUCAUAAUGAGAAUAUAUAGUGAUUGAAUGUUACAAAUUCAUUGUUUUAUGUUUGUAUAUAUUAGAUUGGACCCCUCGGACCCAUCCAGCGUCUCAGGUGGUUCAUAAAGUGAGUUUAAAGAGAGGUGAUGUCUGUUGUUCACAUCAUGUUCUGGGCAGCGCUGUAUGAAAACAUGCAAUAUGAAUGAAUGAAUUGAAGAUUGAUGUACAGGUGAUGUGUUUGGUUUGUUAAGUCACAUCACAAAACUCAAGACACUUUGCUGUUCAUUUCGUAUAUUGUCAUGCUGGCAACAAAUAAAUGAAUGUUACAUGUGUUCAA